UUCCAGAACCAAACAAAAGCUUAAACCCUCUGCAAAGCCCUACUUAUUCCAUUGGUUGCCAUUUCUGAUUUCAUUUCCAAAUCAAUUGUUGCUGCAAACUGCAACUGCAAUGUAUCGAUUAGCUAGAAAAGUAGCUUCUUCUUCCAUUGCUUCUCCCUCCGCUAAGAACCUCGUAUAUGGUAGGUUGUUGUCGAGCAGAAAUUUUGUGAGCAAAGAUAUCAACUUUGGGGUUGGGGCUCGUGCUGCAAUCCUCCAAGGUGUAACUCAGGUGGCUGAUGCUGUGAAAGUAACCAUGGGACCCAAGGGUCGCAAUGUGAUAAUUGAUAGAAGCCGUGGGAAUCCCAGGAUCACGAAGGAUGGUGUGACUGUGGCUAAAAGUAUCAAAUUUAAAGACAAAGAAAAAAAUAUCGGUGCUGAUCUUGUCAAGCAGGUGGCCAAGGCUACCAACACUGCUGCUGGAGACGGUACAACUUGUGCAACUGUUUUGACUCAGGCAAUACUCACAGAAGGAUGCAAAUCAAUUGCUGCUGGCGUGAAUGUUAUGGACUUACGUAAUGGAAUAAAUAAGGCAGUUGAUGCUGUAAUUACUGACUUGAAAAGCAGAGCAUUGAUGAUAAGCACACCAGAAGAGAUAACCCAGGUUGGAACUAUAUCUGCAAACGGGGAGCGCGAUAUUGGAGAAUUGAUAGCAAGGGCAAUGGAGAAAGUUGGGAAGGAGGGAGUCAUUACUGUUGUUGAUGGGAAUACUUUGGAUAACGAGUUGGAAGUGGUGGAAGGAAUGAAGUUAACCAGAGGCUACAUAUCUCCUUAUUUUAUUACUGACCAGAAGACCCGCAAAUGUGAAUUGGAGAACCCCUUUAUUCUUAUCCAUGACAAGAAAAUUUCAGACAUGAAUUCACUGCUGAAAAUACUGGAGCCUGGCAGUACGGGGAUAAGAAACUAUCCGAUUCAGCAGGCUCAUUUUUCAUUUGCAAUGUCACCAUUUAUCAUUAUUUACUUUUAUAUUUAUUGUUAAUCAGAAAAAAAGAACAUCU